AUGCCGGAGUACGAGUACGCCUACGGCAAGCACGAUCACCACAAAGGCAUCUUCUUCGUCGCCACUAUCGUCACCGUGGGACUAUGCAGCCUCUUUCCGGCCAUGUGCUUCAAAAGCUUCAGCGCAAAGGAGAAGGCCCGGAAGAGAGCGGUAGUACAGGCAGAGAAGGCGGAAGCAAAAGCGCGAAGUGCGCAGAAGGUGGCGGACAUCCAACAAGACAUGGCACCGCCAUCGACACCAUCGACAUCACUCGUCGAGGCCACGAGAUCGACACGACAGCAGACACCGGAGGUACAGAGACGAGGAGGAUUCCGACCGGAGCUAGCCGCACCAUCAGUCGACUUCUCGAGGCAACUACGAUCGCCAGCUGGAUCGGGAGCGUCAGCGGCGUCAUCACGGCAAAGCUCCGCCGAGGCGGUACCAUCACAGCUCGUGGGAAGGCGUGCUGGCACCGAUGCCUACGGCGCUGUGAGCGCAGAUUCACAUGACUUUAACGUCUUCAUCAGUGAUGCAGUCCAGCAUGACAACGACACAGCGGACGAGCUGCCGUCACCCAUGCUUCUGUCACCAACUUGGAACACUCGGCCGAAGGUCGUUGAAGACUCCGCAAUCCCUCCAACACCUACACCUUUUGUACCAACCCCAGGUCCGCCAACGUCGGCAUCGUCGAAUCCUUCCUUGUCCCCUCCACUAAUAUCUUUGCGCUCUCCGUUCUCGUCACGAAAAGUCCCUUCGUCACCUACGCAGAUUGAAUCUGGCUCCUCUCGGGGACGAUCGACCACACCACAACCGGUGACUGCGUCGCUCUACAAUCGAUCACCUCCAUUAUCUCCACCUUCACCAAUGUCGCAACCUCGCUCGGCAUUUUUUGAAGGAUUUGCGGACCGUGGCGCUCGGGAUGCGCCACGACAGCGACAGCCCGCUGCUGGUCAAUCGCGCACGUCGUCCUCUCACAGCCCGAUGUCGCCACUUACUCGGCCAAGACCAUGGCAACCUCAAACGCCUCCCGAAGCAGAACCUCGCUCGCCAGCAGAGUCGACGCCAACGUCCCACCGUCACUACUUCCGGACCUUCAGCAAUGACAUGAUCAAGCGAGCAGAUGCUCCGGGACGCUUUGUCACAGCGCCUUCCUCGCCAAUUGAGCCGAAUGAGACGACCAGUCAGCAGCAGCAUGUUGAAACUUACGGCUCGGACGGCCGCGUCCAUCCAGCGUCUCCUAACAAGAACAAACGAAAGCGAAGUGGAGUGCUCGAAAGGUUACGGUCGAACUCGCAGAUCCGGAACUCAGUCGCCACAACACCCAACAGCGUUGGUGCGUCCUCUGCAUCUCAUGCAACCCCAGACAUACGCAUCAGCUCUCCCGGUCUAGCCAAAAGUAGACGGAAGUCCAGCAUAUCCUCGUACUUCUCCUCGCGACCUCGAUUGCCAAAUUUGUCCGCCGCGAACACUCCUAGCCCGGCCGCUUCGCCAGGGCUGUCGACACACUGGGAGGAUGUGCUGGCUGAAGGCCAAGAUCGUCGCCAUGUGAAAGAUCCAAGCGACCCAUUGUCGCCGUUCACUAUGCCUGCGCGACGGGCCAAGCCGACCUUGAGAAGAAGUGGUGCGACACUACGUUUCCCGGAAGCAGAUCGGACGUUACCUGCAGAGUCCAUAGCGCCAGUCGUGCCAUCCGGAGCAGCGGUCGGCCCACAGCCAAAGUACAAGGCAGCGGACGGGCAAGAGUACUACAAGACUUCAGUGACCGGGCCGAACGCUUCGGUGAACUUCUUGCCCUCGGAGAUGAAGCGGGUAGACACGCCUCCAGUCUUCAAAAAGAAGCCAACUGGCUUCAAGGGCUUUUUCUUCGACAUGCGCAAUACCUCGUCCACGAAGGCAGAUCCAGAAUCGCCAGAGGCAGCCCUCUCCAAGCGGCGUGGACCUAUUGUGAGCAAGGCCUCGCUUCAGUCUCUGGUGCCGAAGCUUUCCUUUCCAAAACUUAAGUCGCAGAGCUCGCGACAGUCUACAUCAGCUCGCGAGAGGAGCCCUGACGAUCGGCUCCGGGUCACCCAAUUCGAGCAAACACCCUACAGCCAGCGGUACGGCGACGCCCGGCGCGCUAAGAGGAACCAGAUCCGCACGUACGUGGAAGAGGCUCUGGGUGAGGAAGAUGCUGCAAGCGAGUCCGCAAACAACAUGCCGUUCGAGCUUAACGUGCCCGACCAUCUGCCCGGCAGUCCGCUGUGCCCGCUCAGCCCGAAGCACAAGAGUGGCGGGAAGGCGAUCUGUCCGAUUCAUGGCAGGAAACGGAAUUCGAAAGCCCUGGACUCACCUCGUGUCAACAACGACGACUCUGGUAAGACGCAACCCCUUGAAGACGUUUCCGACGGCAUGGACGAAGCGAACGGGGUGCCAUGUCCGCCAGCGCUUGAUGUGCGACAGGCACAGGAGUCGAACAAUGUCUCGAGCACAAAGUCACCCGGCGGCAAGACAUCCCCUCUGUUGUCGACACCAGCAACACCCAGCCUCCGCACCCCGACCAUGACCCGACAGUCGUCUCAUCCCGCAACAUCACCGCUCCGAGAGUUCUCGCCCAACCCACCAGCGACGGUACGACGGGCUUCCAGCGCAAUGAGCGUCAACCACCGGCCCUCGACUUCACCAGGGCUGAGAAAGAAGACUUCACGCGCAUCGCUCGGCGCACAACAGGACGACAACGAGAAGCGGCCGACACCCAAGCGCUCCAUCUCCAACCUCAUCACCGGUCUGCGAGAGGCGCAUGGUAAGAUGGAGAGCAUUGAGGAGCCUGUCCCGCUCACAGCACCGGGCAUAGCUGUGGACCACUUUGCGCGGGAGCUCAUAGCGCACAGCCAGCCGAGGUACGAUGCGGAGACAAUGGUUAUACUUCACGACGCAUGCUACGGACACCGCUACUCGCGAUUGAAAAUUACGAAAUCUACGCUCUCCAUGAUCGUGGAGAGGCCGGAGCGCAUACACGCCAGUGUCCUCGGAGCUUCGACAGCAUACGUCAGAUUAGGCGGACACCAUUCCGGCGACAGGAAUGCGCCGCACCCGGAUAUCAGAGAGGCUGCGCCGCCGCCAUUCAAGAUUCGACGGACGGGGAGGGCGCUGGAUAUUACGUCCUCGUAUGUGACCAAUGUGCAUGGGACGGCAUGGAUGAGUGAAUUGAAAGGCAUGUGUGAAGUUGCUGGGGAGAGAGUCGCAGCUGGAGCGAAGGAGUUGAGCAGGGCGGAGGGUACGGGUGCGGAUGCUGAGAGGAAAAAGUUGCAUGAAGGCGACUUGUACCUCUCAUCAGAAUCGCUGCACGCUUUCCAGGGUGCUCUGGGUGGAGUGGCGGAUGCGGUCGAUGGUGUCUUCUCGCCCGCCACGCAGACGAAGCGAGCAUUUGUCGCAGUACGGCCGCCUGGUCAUCAUUGCUCAGCGGACCAUCCCAGCGGAUUCUGCUGGCUCAACAACGUCCACGUCGGAAUUGAAUACGCCGCUCAAACAUACGGCUUGACGCACGCAGCUAUGCUGGACUUCGACCUCCACCACGGCGACGGCAGUCAAGCAAUCACCUGGCAGCGCAACAGCAAGAACAACGAGAAGCGCAUCAACGCAAAACCGAAUAGCAAGUUGAAGCUCGGUCCGGACAUCGGCUAUUACAGUCUCCACGACAUCAACAGCUACCCGUGCGAGAUGGGGGAUGAUGAGAAAGUGCAGGCGGCGAGUCUGUGCAUUGACAAUGCGCACGGGCAGAGUAUCUGGAACGUUCAUCUCGAGGAGUGGAAGACGAUGGAGGACUUCUGGAGGCUGUACGAGGGCAAGUAUCGGGUCCUGCUUGAGAAGGCUCGAGGCUUUCUACGGCAUCAUACCGUGCGAUUGCGGAGGGAAGGAAAGGUGACGCCGAAGGCUGCUAUAUUCAUCUCGGCAGGCUUUGAUGCGAGCGAGUGGGAGGGCGCGGGCAUGCAGAGGCAUAAGGUCAAUGUGCCGACGGAGUUCUAUGCGCGGUUCACUCGCGACGUAGUGGAGAUGGCACAGCAGGAAGACUUGGGGUGUGAUGGUCGGGUCAUCAGUGUCCUGGAGGGAGGGUACAGUGACCGGGCAUUGUGCAGUGGUGUUUUGAGCCAUCUAUCUGGACUUUGCGCGACGCCUUCGUCGUCGGUGAAGCAAGAGGCUGCGAACGACAUACCGCUCGACCAGAUGAUGCGGGGACUGGGCAUCAAUGGCGCAUCGGCAUUCAGCAAGCUGUCUUACGACCCGUCCUGGUGGUCAGCCGCGAACCUGACCGCGCUGGAGCUCAAAGUCAACCCACCGCCUCCUGCACAGGCGAAGAAGAUGCGCGUCGGCCAGCAGCCUACGUACGCUACGCCCACCGAGUCCUUCGCUUAUAAAGUCGUCGACACGGAUAAAUUCGCACGCUCCAUCUCAGGCACCAUGCGCGACGUCGCUCGUCCUGUGCGGCCGCCUACGCCCCCGCCGCCAGAGGUCGACUGGGUGAUUGCCACACAAGAGCUGUCGAAACUGCUUAUCCCCACUGACCGGCAAACCAAGAGCUGUACCCCUGAAGAGCUGGCGGGCCCAAAGACGCAAAAGCCUCGUGUGAGCGCCAUGCCGGCCAUCAGCCUCGAGGACUCCGCCAAGCCGCGCCAACUGCGCGACCGAAAAGCCAAAGGUCCGGCCGGCUACGCGGCGAGUUCGCACAGUGAUGAGCUCGAGAGCGUGCGGAGUGUUAGCCGAAGCAGUCGGAGGCAGACGAUCGCUGACUUUGCUGCUAUCCAAUCCGAACCGCCGCCGGAGCCGGCCAUGCAGAGGAGAGCGAGUAGGAGGCUGAGCGCUGGUAGUACGUUGAGCUCGAUUGGAGGGGAUCUGGAUCCUGCUCCGCCUCCAGUGCCAUCUCUACCCGUGCCCGACGCAGCAGUACCGCAGACUAAUGGCGCGAUGAAGCCGCCUCCGCCGCCCGCGCCAGCGGUGCAGGUCAAGAAGACUCGCGCACCUGCCGCCCCGGCGGUGGCGAGAACGAAGAAAGCCGCGGGGACGAGUGCACCAGUAUCUCCGCAAUCCAAGCGGCCCGGCCUACCAACCCCGGCCCCCUCUCAGGCCCCUCCCCCAGCGCCCGCCCCAUCGGCAGAAACAGCCCAGCCGACCGCGAACGGACCAGCCGACCUCGACGCCCUGACCACAGGCAUGAAGAAAAUCACACUCAAGGUCGGCACGAAAGAGGAGCACGACCGCAAGCAGAAGGAGAAAGUGGAGGCGGAGCGGCGGGCGAGGGGUUUGAAGGCGGCGGAGACGAGGCGGGUGAAUGCUGCUGCUAGGAAGGCUGCUGCUGCGGGUGCUGUUGUGGCGGUCAAUAAGCCACCCGAGACGAGCGCUGCGAGCCCUGUGAUGGCAGUGCCCGCCGAGAUGAACUCUGCGGCGCCGGCUCCCCAGGUUCACCCCCAGGUUCCGGCCGAGACCGCGUUUCCUGAGGUGCCCGCGACUACAACCAACGUGAGUGCGCCGAAGGAGGUAAUACCAGAGUCGAGCACUCCAAUCGAGCCCACCCAAGCACCUGCCCCGGCACCCGCGACGCAAGAAACCUCACCAUUCGACCAGCCGACCCCGGACGCCGCUAUGAUGGAUCCUCCGCCCGCCCCAGUGCCCGCCCCGGCCGUGCCCGCCAAGAUGUCAACGAGCGGGAGGCGGCAGUCCUCGUACGUCUAUACGCCACCACAUAAACCUUCGCCUGUGGAGAAGAAGCCGUCUUAUGCCUCGCGACCGUCGACGCAGCCAGCGCCAGCUCUAACCGAAGAGCCCGGAGCAGAGCGUCAGUCCGUUUCUGCUAAUGGCGCGGGUCCUGCUUUCCAAUUCGCGCAGUCAGGUGACUCGAGCAGAAGAGCUGAGGAGCCGAGCGAAAUGCAUGACAUCGAAACGGGUCCGACGUAUGGAGCGGGUGCAGCGCAGAUGGGUUCGACAAAUCCCAGCCAGCAGCUUCCGGUCUGGAGCAGCACAGGACGAAUCCCGUUCGGUAGUGCGCCGGUGAAGCAGGAAUCGUCAAUUGAAACGGGUACAGCGCAAGAACGCCUUCCUUCUGCUACGGAAGAGGGUCAUGCUGGCAUGGAUGGCGCUGGUGCAAUGGCCGCACCACCACAGCUGCCCAUAGUGAAUCAAGAGGACAGCAUUUGGGACGUGCCCGAGACGCCGCAGCGGUAG